ACCUUGCGCUGCGCCAACUGGCAAACGGGUGUCUGACUUCUCUCACAUUAUCUCAUUUUCAACGCUAGCUAAUUGAGGAAUAUGAUCGAUGAAAUCACCCGUCCAUACAUACCCACAUCUUCCCUCUCUUUGACCAUCUGCCCUCCCAGAGCGUGCGUUCUUUUCGGCGCUGAUAAGUAGCCAGCCUAGUAGUACAUCUGAACCGCCUCCCUCUAUCCUCUCUUCCUCUCAUCCCCCUCUCCUUCUCAAUUCCGAACUCCGAAGAAAAACAGCAACAGCAAUGGCGGUGCGCGCCAUUCACACGCCGCCGCUGCUCCUCUGCACCGUGGCGUUGCUGCUGCUGACCGGCGGCCUCGUGUCGCCGUCCACCGCCGAGCUCAGCCUCGACACGGUGAGGGACUUCCUGACGCGGGAGGAGGACACCAUUGUGUUCAGCCUCAUCGAGAGGACCAAGUACCCGCUCAACCGGCCGGCCUACGAGCCCCUCCACUUCGGCGACGGCGCCGCGCACCGCCUCAACGCCUCUUUCGCCGAGCUCUUCAUCCGCGAGUCCGAGGCCGUUCAGUCCAAGGCCGGAAGGUACCAAAGCCUACAGGAGAUUCCAUUCUUCGCUUACAGAGUUCCUUUCACUCUGGCACCUCCAUACAACUUCACAAGAGAUCUGUAUCCCGCUGCCGCAUUACUUAACGUUAAUGACGCCAUAUGGAGCAUGUACUUCAAUGAGCUGCUCCCUCUGCUGGCCAAGAACGGUGAUGAUGGCAACUAUGCCGUAACUGUUGAUGCAGAUCUUGCAUGUCUUCAGGUGCUUUCAAGAAGGAUCAACUAUGGUAGGUACGUGGCAGAAGUGAAGUUCAGAGGAGACCAGCAGACCUAUACCAGCUUAAUUCAGGCUAAGGAUAGAGAUGCUCUGAUGAAGCUACUGACAUCUGAAGCCCAAGAAGACGUGGUAAAGAGAAGGGUAGAGAAGAAGGCAGUUGUAUUUGGGCAAACCAUAACAUUAGAUGGACCAAUCCAAACUGAUGUCAACCAUAGCAGCCAGGCUAACUUCAAAGUUGAUCCUUCAGUUGUUUAUAAACUGUAUGAUCAGUGGGUGAUUCCGUUGACUAAACAAGUGGAGGUCGAGUACCUUCUCCAUCGUCUCGAUUGAUUGAAUAAAAUGUGUAUCCAGCUAACCUAUUAUUUGUAUACAAUUGUAAUCAACACAUUGACAACAUACAUACGCAAUAAGAAACAUGCAGAAAGUUCAAACAUUGUUAUCCUCGGUUUCCUACGAUCAUUUGUAACACAAUAUCGAUUAUCAUCAAUGAUUAAUUGGACACAAAUUUUAUCCAUAAGAAUGCAAAAGAACAUCAAAGGGUAAAAA